GUGAAAUCCCAAGAUUUUGCAUCUCUGUUCUCGUCCCCGAACGUUUGGAUUAGUGGAAAUCAGCCCCUCUGGCCUAGUGCCUUGUCCAGGGUCCCCGGGGGGCAAUCUCCGAGUUAAGAACGUUUGUCAGAGCCAGGGGAACGCAGCCCCUCGAGGGCCAUUCUUGGGCAUACCAUGUGCUCCAGGAGAAACCCCUUUGGCCUCCCAAACCCAUUUCACUUCCUUCCACGACCCGGCUCCCGCCGCGGUGAGGAGAUCCCCAUACGCCCGGAGCCUACUCGUUGCCCCACCGUCUCUCUGAUGGAGAGUCAGUGCCUCGCCGAAGGCUGUUGGAAGAACAGGACUGGCCCUGGUCGUUUCCACGCCCAUCCCACCCACUUCCUGCCUCUCUCUUGGGCAACAAAGGGGCCUCGGGAAGCUGGGCCCUUUUGGUUCCCGGCCCCACUCCUACUCCAGCCCUGCUGAUGUGGAACCGGGUUUGGGCUCUGCCCGGCUAUUGUCUGCGCUGGGGGAGGGGACAGGCUGGGGCCGGGAACUCUUGCACGUAGCUUGCUGCACCAAGUCCCCCAUUGGGGGUCUUUGCUCUACCGCCUGCUUGCCUCUGCCGAAUAAGGGGUAUGCCUCCCCAAAUUAGGUCUUGGGGCUGGCCGGAGCCCAGGUAGCAGGUCCUCUUUCUUAAGAUUAUUCUAAAACCUUUUAAACCUGAAGGCAGGAAAGGAGAGGAGUCCCUUUUUUAUUUUUUCUACACAACUCCCUGUUGAAGAGAGGGAGUAGGGAUGGCCUGGAGGCCAUAGAAGGCUCUUUGAUGACUGCCCACGCCUACUGCUUGCUGACUCAGCUCCUGUCUUUGCUCCUCUGGGAGACCCCCGGGGCCCCUGGGGGGCAGAGGCCAGUUGCAGAAACUAGCAGGACUGCUGGACUGAAGUUUAGAGCCUGGGUGUUUGCCAUGGCCCCACAUUGGGCUGUCUGGCUGAUGGCAGCAGGGCUGUGGGGCCUGGGCAUUGGGGCUGAGGUGUGGUGGAACCUUGCGCCCCGGAAGACAGUAUCUUCUGGGGAGCUGGCCACAGUAGUGAGGCGGUUCUCCCUGCCGGGCGUCCAGGACUUCCUGACCUUGACCCUGAGAGAGCACUCUGGGCUUUUAUAUGUGGGGGCUCGAGAGGCGCUGUUUUCCUUCAGCAUAGAGGCUCUGGACCUGCGAGGAGCGAUCACCUGGAGGGCCCCGACUGAGAAGAAGAUUGAGUGUACCCGGAAAGGGAAGAGCAACCAGACCGAGUGCUUCAACUUCAUCUGCUUCCUUCAGCCAUACAAUACCUCCCACCUGUACGUCUGUGGUACCUAUGCCUUCCAGCCCAAGUGCACCUACAUCAACAAGCUCAGUUUCAAAUUGAAGCGUGAAGAACUUGAGGAUGGGAAGGGUAAAUGCCCCUAUGACCCAGCUAAGGGCCACACUGGACUCCUUGUGGACGGUGAGAUGUUCUCAGCCACACUCAACAACUUCCUGGGUACAGAGCCUAUUAUCCUGCGAAACAUGGGCCCCCACCACCCCGUCAAAACAGAGUACCUGGCGUUUUGGCUGAAUGAACCCCACUUUGUAGGCUCUGCCUAUGUCCCUGAGAGUGUGGGGAGCUUCACGGGGGACGAUGACAAGGUCUACUUCUUCUUCAGUGAGCGGGCGGUCGAGUAUGACUGCUAUGCUGAGCAGGUGGUGGCUCGUGUGGCUCGCGUCUGUAAGGGCGACAUGGGGGGCGCACGGACCCUACAGAAGAAGUGGACAACUUUCCUAAAAGCACAGUUGGCGUGCGCAGCCCCUGACUGGAAGGUCUACUUCAACCAGCUUCGGUCAGUGCACACCCUGCUGGGUGCCUCUUGGCAAAACACCACCUUCUUUGGGGUUUUUCAAGCACGGUGGGGUGAUAUGGACCUGUCAGCAGUCUGUGAGUACCAGUUGGAACAGAUCCAGCAGGUGUUCGAGGGUCCCUACAAAGAAUACAGUGAGCAAGCCCAGAAAUGGGCCCGCUAUACUGACCCAGUACCCAGCCCUCGGCCCGGUUCGUGCAUCAACAAUUGGCACCGCCACAACGGCUACACCAGUUCUCUGGAGCUGCCUGACAACAUCCUCAACUUCAUCAAAAAGCACCCCCUGAUGGAGGAUCAGGUGCAGCCUCGGUGGGGCCGCCCCCUGCUUGUGAAGAAGAACACUAACUUCACACACAUGGCAGCCGACAGGGUCACAGGGCUCGAUGGUGCCACUUAUACAGUGCUGUUCAUUGGUACAGGAGAUGGCUGGCUGCUGAAGGCUGUGAACCUGGGGCCCUGGAUCCAUGUGAUAGAGGAACUGCAGGUGUUUGACCAGGAGCCAGUGGGAAGUCUGGUGCUGUCUCAGAGCCAGAAGAUGCUUUUUGCUGGCUCCCACUCUCAGCUGGUCCAGUUGCCCCUGGCUGACUGUACAAAGUACCACCUCUGUGCAGACUGUGUCCUUGCCCGGGACCCCUACUGUGCCUGGAAUGUCAAUACCAGCCGCUGUGUGGCCACCUUCGGUGAUCACUCAGGAUCCCUUCUGGUCCAACAAGUGACAAACUUGGACACCUCAAAGUUGUGUAACCAGUAUGGCAUUAAGAAAGUCAGACCUACUUCCAAGAACAUCACAGUAGUAGCAGGCACAGACCUGGUUCUGCCCUGCCACCUCUCAUCCAAUUUGGCCCGUGCUCACUGGACCUUCAAAAACCAGGACCUGCCUGCAGAACAACCUGGCUCCUUCCUUUAUGACCCAGGACUGCAGGUGCUGGUAGUGAUGGCUGCCCAGCCCCGCCACGCUGGGCUCUAUCGAUGCUACUUGGAGGAGCAGGGGACAAGGCUACCUGCAGAAAGCUACCGUGUUACUGUCGUGGCUGGCCCAUCGGUGACCCUGGAGGCCCGGGCUCCCUUGGAAAACCUGGGGCUUGUAUGGCUAGCUGUGGUGGCUCUGGGGGCCGUGUGCCUGGUGUUGCUGCUGCUGGUUUUGUCACUUCGACGGCGACUUCGGGAACAGCUAGAAAAAGGUGCCAAGGCAGCUGAGAGGACAUUGGUGUACCCCUUAGAACUGCCCAAGGAAACAACCAGUCCCCCCUUUCGUCCUGGCCCUGAAACAGAUGAGAAACUCUGGGAUCCCGUUGGCUACUACUAUUCAGAUGGGUCUCUCAAGAUUGUGCCUGGUCAUGCCCGGUGCCAGCCUGGGGGCGGUCCCCCUUCUCCGCCUCCUGGCAUACCUGGCCAGCCCCUGCCUUCUCCGACUCGGCUUCACCUAGGGGGUGGUCGGAACUCAAACGCUAAUGGUUAUGUACGCUUACAACUGGGAGGGGAGGACCGAGAAGGACUUGGGCACCCACUUCCUGAGCUCGCGGAUGAACUGCGACGCAAACUACAGCAGCGGCAGCCACUGCCUGACUCUAACCCAGAGGAGUCCUCAGUAUGAGGGAAACCCCCCACCCACCUCAUUGGCGGGGGGUUUCGUGGGAGGUGCACUCUUCCUUUUGCACAGGCACCAGCUACCUCAGGGACAUGGCAGGGGCACUUGCUCUGCCUGGGACAGACACUGCCCAGCAUUUGCCCAGCCAUGAGGACCUGCUCAGCGUGGGCACUGCCACUUGGCUCACCAGGGCAUCAGCCUCACAGGAGGCACGCCUUCCUCUGUGAAUUUCAGACACGUGGGACGCCAGCAGCCAAAACUUUGCAAGGCAGAAGUUUCAAGAUGUGGGUGUUUGUGUAUAUAUGUGUUGGUGCAUUUAUGUAUGGAUGUGUGUGUGUGUGUGUGUGUGUGUGUGUGUGUAUGUAAGGAGGUGUGUCUCUGUCAAGUCUUCCCUUGGCCUGGGUUCCUCCUGGUGAGUCUUUGGAGCUAUGAAGGGGAAGGGGGUCAUGCCACUCUGCCUCUCCUACCCCCACCUGUCCCGAGCUUGGGACAGUGAUGUACAUAUGGGGAUGGGAUGGACAGGGUGUUGUACCCCUUUGGGGGGAGCGCAGGACUCAGGGGUGGGCCUAGUCCUGC